AUGGGAAAAUUCUGUGAUCCCAACGUCCCCACUAUUAUCCUAGGCCACGUCAUGACCACAGGAGGCAGGAGGAGAAAAGACAGGAAGAAAGCAUUGACACAAAUUGGAAUUUUUGAAGAGCACGUCAUGAUAGAAGUAUUUACAAAGAUGGGCAGGUUAAGGAAAAGUGACAAGUGCAUGGGAAACAGGGAAAGAACAAGGGAAGGAACACUGAGGAGACAGGGCAUUGCAGAGGUGGGAGAGAGCAUAGAGAUGGACAGGCACUGCCUCUGCCAACACAGAGACUCAGAGAGCCAGGAGAUCAACUACUCUGGAUAUUUUCUGAUACUAAAUCCAACCACCCCAGCCGAGGGGACAGAAUUCACCAUGGUGAAUGGAAGUAACCAGACUUUUCCUCAACCUGUCAACCUAUGGACCUUGAUCCCAGGCUUGCUGACUCUCAUCAUUGUGAUGACUUGGCUGGCUGGAAAYGCAGUUGUGCUCUGGCUUCUGGGCUUCCACAUGUGCAGGAACACCUUCUCAGUCUACAUCCUCAACCUGGCGGGAACCGUCUUCCAUUUUCUCUGUUUUCAUGUUAUAGCUUCUCUGCAUGAACUCAGCCCCAAUUUUGUUUCCAUUUUCAACUUCAUCAUCAAGUACUCUACCAUUGUGAUGAUGUGGUCCUACCUUACAAGUCUGAGCAUACUCAGCGCUGUUAGUGCUGAGUGCUGCCUGUCCAUCCUGUGUCCUGUCUGGUACCGCUGCCACCAACCRAGACACGUGUCAGCUAUCAUAUGUGCCCUACUCUGGGCCCUGUCCCUGCUGAUGAGCAUCCUGAACAACAACCACUGUGACUCCCUUUUUAUGGAUUUAGACUUCUCAUGGUGUCAGACAUUUGAUUUCAUCAGAGCUGCAUGGCUGAUUUGUUUAUUUAUGGUUCUCUCUGGAUCUAGCUUGGCCCUGCUCAUCAGAAUCCUCUGUGGCUCUCAGAGGGCACCGCUGACUAGGCUGUAUUUGACCACUGGGCUCACAGUCCUGGUCUUCCUCUUCUGUGGCCUCCCUGUAGGCAUCCUGGAGUUUCUGUUGCCUGGAUAUAAAAACCAUAUAAAUCUGCAUUUUGAUAAGAGGACUGCUUUAUUUCUGUAUAGCAUUAACAGCAGCACCAACCCUAUCAUUUACUUCUUCGUUGGUUCCUGUAGGCUGCGGCUGCAUCAGCAGCACCAGCCACAGUCACUCAAGUUGGUUUUGGAGAAAGCCUUCAAGACAUACCUGAGGAUUCAAGUCUGGAUGGCCCAACGGGAAAUCUCUCCAUUUCAACUCAACAAGGAAUGA